UAAGAAAUACCCAUAAAAUAAGUGUAGUUUAGUAUUUAUUAGCUUACUUUUACUUAAUUAAUAAAUCAUAAUAAAUUGAAUAUUGAUUUUUUAAUCUAAAUGAGUAUUGAUUCACAUUAAAUAGAAAGAAUUAAGACAUCAUGGAUGCUUAAUGGAGUUUAAUGCUGGGCUAAAGUAGCACCAGAGGAAAACUCCGAGCUUAUGUUUCGUAGGGCUAUUAUUACAGGUUUAGAUAAUAAGCGUGAGCAUGCAUUCUUAAAAUAUGAGUUUCAUCUUAUCUAAAUUUAACAGCAAAAAGAAAAAGGUCCAGAAAAAGUACAUGUUAGAGACUUAAUAGAAUGCAAUUAGAAUGCAGAUAGUGAAAAAUUUAAAGAAGGUUUUCCUGAUAUGGUUUCGAUGAAUGUAUUAAAUGAAGCAGAAAUUUUGAAUAAUGUUUGGUUGCGAUAUUCUAAAGACCUAAUUUUUUCCUACAUAGGACCUACAUUAAUUGUAAUGAAUCCCUACAAGAAUGUAGAAAAGCUUUUUAAUGAAAAGGUUUUAUAAGAAUUUUAGAAACCUGCAAUAAAUAACAAUUUCGAUAUAAAGUAGCAUUAGCCUCAUGUCUAUGCAGUAACUACAUUAGCUUAUUAGUAGCUAUUUAUGAAUUAAAAGAACCAGGCAAUAGUAAUUAGUGGAGAAUCAGGAGCUGGUAAGACUGAAAAUGCUAAAUAUUGUAUGGCUUUUUUAACUUCUUUAAGUAAUGAAACAACUAAGCAGUAACGCCCAAAAAAGAAAACUUAAUUGGCGAACUAAUUAAAUAGAUAUUCUACAAUGAGAUAUUCUUCAGUAGUAGCUAGCAACAUCUCAGAUUCUUAAUAUACUGAAGACUCUAUACUUUAAUUAAAGGAUACAUCGAUUGAAGAGCGUAUUCUUAGAUGCAACCCAAUUUUGGAAGCGUUUGGUAAUGCUAAAACAGUGAGAAAUGAUAAUUCAAGUAGAUUUGGUAAAUAUGUUCGUAUUUGGAUUGGAAAGCAUGAUAAAAGAAUUAAAGGAGCCUCAAUUACAAAUUACUUAUUAGAAAAAAGUAGAGUGACUCUACUAUCAUAAGGUGAAAGAAACUAUCACAUAUUCUAUCAUUUUUUAUAAGGAUUAGAAACUUCACAACUUAAAACUUAUAAACUUGUGGAAAAAAAUGGUAAUAGAAUAGAUUUAAAAAAUUUUAAUUAUUUAAAUUAAACUAAUGUGUACGAAAUAAGCUCCUUUCCUAGUGAUAAAAUAAUGAUUGAUUAGAUUAUUGAAUCCUUUGAGAAAAUGGAGAUUGAUUCAUACUAGUAAGUAGCUAUUUUUAAAGUUUUAUCAGCUAUUCUUUAUAUUGGAAAUAUUGAGUUUGAUAGCUCAACAUAUACAGAUAAUACUCCUUGUAGUAUAAAAAACUAAGAUAUCAUAUAAACUGUUUCUGAACUUUUAGAAAUAAAUUAGUAAGAUAAAAUUUUGAAGUCAAUUAUAUUUAAAAUACGUUAAGUUGGUAGCUAGGUUAUGGAAACUCCAGUGAAUGUUGAAGAGUGCAAAAUUAAUAGGGAUUCAUUAGCGAGAGCUCUUUAUGAUAAAAUGUUUACAUGGAUAGUUUAAUCAUUAAAUAUGGAAAUUUUACCUUAGAAUAGUAAUCCUAACGAAUGUUUAAGUCUCGGAUUGCUAGAUAUUUUUGGGUUUGAGAACUUUAAGGUCAAUUCUUUUGAAUAAUUAUGCAUCAACUUCACAAAUGAGCGCUUGCAAUAGCUAUAUAUUGUAUAUGUGUUUAAAGCUGAAGAAGAAGAGUUUAAAAAAGAAGGUCUUAAAGUCCAUAGCUUAGAACUUUCUUAUUAAGAUAAUUAAGUUAUUAUAGAUACAAUGGAUAAGCCACCUAAUGGUAUUUUUGAUCUUCUAGAUGAAAGUUGUUCUUUAGGAAAUUCAACAGAUGAAAAGUUUUACUAAAAAAUUGUUUCAACCUACUCUAAAAAUGAUUAAAUUAAGAUACCAAAAAUUUAAAACAUGAAAUUCUCAAUUGUACAUACUGCAAAAGAAGUUGAAUACACAGCUGAUGGCUUUAGAAAUAAAAAUAAAGAUGAGAUUUCUACUUUUCUAGAUUAAUGCAUAUCGUCAUCUAGUAGUUCUGAAAUAUGUUCUAUAUGGUAAGGAAUUGGAGAAGUUAAUAUGACAGAUAUGGAGGUUUCUUCAAAAACAGUGCAGGAUAUGUCAAUUUCAGUGAGAAAUACUUAGAAAAAAUUAGAAAAUAAGGGAAAAGCUCAAAAAUUUUUAGGAGCAAAAUUCAGGGCUUAAAUGAAAGAUCUUAUGGGAGAACUUAAUUCUUGUGAUGUACAUUUUAUUAGAUGUAUUAAGCCUAAUGAAGAUAAAGUAAAAGAAAAAUUUGUUAGUCAAUAUGUACUCUUGCAGAUAAGAUAUUUAGGUAUUUUGGAAAGUAUUAAGGUGAGAAGAGAAGGAUUUCCAUGUAGAAUGAGCUAUGAAGAAUUUUACACUAAAUAUCAUGAGCUUGAUGUUUUUAAUAGAAAAAUAACAUUAUAGAGGCACUUAGAUAUGAAACAAGAUAUGCCAGGAUUGUGUAGAGAAUUGUUAUUUAGAGUUGUAAAAGAUGUUAACAAAAAAGAAGUUCUAUUUGGUUAAACUAAGUUGUACUUAAAAGUUUAGCCAUCAACAGAGUUAGAUAAUAGAUUAAUUAAAUGGUGGUAGUUUAAAAAUGAUUAGGCUGGUAAAAUCUAAGGAUAGUGGGAAGUUUACAAUAACAGAAAAGUUAUUAAAGAAAAUUUAAAGAUUAUAAAAAAUGCUGUUAAAAGUUUUGUUAAACUUUAAGCUAUUUAUAAAAUGAAAGUCUAAAAAAAAGCAUAUCUUAAGACAUUAUAAUAGAAAAAGGGAAUAGAAAUACUUUAGAAAAUACAAAAAAAAAUGCAACAAGCUAAAUUAAAAGAAGUACUAAAACUAUGGGUGGAUAAAAUAAAAACAUAAAAAAAGGGAGAUAAAUGGUCUAAUGCAGUAUCGAAAGUUUGUAAUAUAAGUAAAAGAAACCAUGUGAGAGAUAUCAAAGAAUACUGGCUUAGAUGGAAGAAUUUUAUCAAAUCUGAAUAAGAAAAAGAAUUACAAAACAAAAUAAAAGAAUAGGAAGCAAAAGCUAUUGAACAAAAUAAAGCAAUAGAAGAAUAAAAGCAAAUAGAAAAAGAAGUAGAGGAAGAGGAAGAAAAAAAAGAUGAUGUUAAGGAAUUAGAAUAAGUAAAACCUUAAGAACCUGUAGUUUAAAAGAAGAUUAACCCUAAUGGACUUGAAAUGGAAAGAGAAGAUAUAAAGUCAGACGAGUUUACUUCUUAGGGUCUAAAAAUUUGGCCUAACUUUUCAAACUUUACUAAGCCUUAUAAUUUAUAAAAUAAAUUCUCUAUCCCUAAUGAUAUUUUAGACAAUAAUUAAAAAUACUAAAAUCCUAAGGAGCCAGAAUAAAAAGACUUAUAAAAUUUAGAGUUUAGUGAUUAGUUUCUUUAAUUAGUUCAAUAAUCAUCAUUCUUAGAAUAUUGCAAUAAUAAUGUAAAAAGAGCUAAGAAUUUCAGUAAAAAAAUGUAAAUUGCUAAAAUAAUGCAAUACUAAUCAAAUAAUCUAAGUGAAUCUCUACUCUAACAAUCAGAUUCAUUCAAUGAAGAUGCUACUAAGAUUUUUAGAUCUUUAUUAAAAAUCUCUGGAAAUAGAAAUUCUCGUUUCUCUCCUAGAUACCAUUCUGAUCUGAUAUUAAAUCUAUGUUAUGGAAGGGAUUCGGAAUUAGAUCCUAACUGCUAUGUGAUAGGUAAAAAAGUGGAAAAUCCAGAAGAUUAAAAAAAAUAAAAUAAUAGAAGAGAAUCUAAAGAAAAUAAAGAUCUUGAUUAGAGAAGAGGAAGCUAUUUAAAAAAUUACUCAUCAUAGGUAUGCUAAAAAUAAUAAGGGAAAAAUGGUGAUUCAAAUCAAGAAGAGGAUGAUUUAAGCCAUGAAAACAAAUUAGAAUUAAUGGCUAACUAAAUCCUUCAUGGUAAUUUAAAUCAUAUAAGGGAUGAAGUCUACUUUUAAAUAUGCAAAUAGAUUGCUGGAAACAAAUCCUAAGAGGCUAAAAAAAAUUUAUACAAAUUUGCAGCUGAAAUGUCCAAUUUAUUCGCACCUUCUUAGGAUGCCCUCUAUCCAUUAAUAAAUUUCUUCAUGGAUUAAUCAUUACAAGAUCCAAAUGCUUAAAAUAAAGAAGAUGCUAAGUAUAUCGUCAGUAAACUUUCUGAAUUUGCUAGAGGAUAUGCAGUAGUUAAAUUAAUGAACCCUGAUCAGUUAAAAAAAUAAAGUAUUUUAAAGGUAUUAAAGAAUAAUGAUCCCCUUGAAUUACAACUUUAAAAAAAUAAUAAUUAGUAAGUCUUGAUUAACUAUAUAAACAAGAUGUAACCCAGAUAAUUAAUUCCUUCACAUCAAGAAGUCUCAAAAAUUCAUAAUAGAUAGUAAAUAUGCAUAAAAAUAUAUUUAUUUGAUGGUACCUAUAUUUGGGUUCCUGCUGAAUCAUUAGAAACUGUUAAAAGCAUAGUAGAAAAAGCAUGUAGCCAAAUCGAUAUGAAAGAACGUUAUUAAUUUUUUAGCCUCUAUGAAGUUCUUUAUGAGUAAGGAAAGGUUAUGAAAGAAGCUUUUUUAUUUGACAGAGUUAAAAUAAUGGAUAUUUUUAAUUCCCAUCAAAUUACAACAGAGCUAUAACAGAAAAAACAUUCUAAAAAUAUUGAAUUCAGAAUUUAUCUUAGGAUAAGAGUUUAUUACAAGCUUUUUAAAGAUGAUAUAGAUUCGAUAAAUAUGUUUUAUAUGCAAAAUAUAUAUGAAGUAAACUAAGGAAGGCUACCCUUAACUGAAAACUAAAUAACUUAAUUAGCUGCUCAUUACUGCUAUUCAUCUCUAAAAACUUAACAGGGAAAUGAGAAGAAUAUAGAAAAUAUGAUAAAUAAAGCUGUGCCUUAGUACGCAAUUCAAAAGUAUCAUAAUAGACAAUGGGGUAAUGAAGUAAGUGAAAUUUAUAAAAAACUUGAAUACUAAAAUGCUUUAGAAGCAAGAUGGAUGUAUCUUGAAAUAAUCAGACCUCAUGAUCUCUUUUUAAGCUACUAAUUUGAAUGCAGAAUGUUUGUCUAAUAAAAAACCGAUUAGGGUUAUAAGCUAGUUUAAAAUUAAUAGAUAAUUUUAGGUAUUAGACCUUUGUAAAUAGUUAUUUCUGAUUUAGAACGUAAAACUAUGUUGAUAAUUGAUUUUUCUGAAAUGACUAAAUGGGGAUAAAGCAUAAGUAGUAACUCCUACUUUCUAAUAUAGCAUGAAAAUUCAAACCUUUAUGUGUUUGAAGUGUAAGAUGUGGAGUUGGCUGAUUAUCUAAUUAAUGCAUAUGUAAAUUGGAAACUCGAAAGAAAUCUUGAUGAUGCUUCGAACCCCACUUACAGUGAUGUUAUUACUUUCUUAGUUUCUGAUAAUGAUCAAGCAAAUUAAAUUAAAUGAUUUUAAGACAGUUUUCAAAAAUAAAAAAAACUUAAAUUAACUAAAAACUUUACUACCUAUCUAAAAAUUAUUUUAAAUUUAAAUAUAUAUUCAUUUUAUAAAACUUUAUUUUAAUAAAUACUAAAUC